CUGGAGUGUACCCAAACAACACGUUUUUCACGCUGCAUGAAAUGAGCACACUACACACUGUAUGCACACUGCAUAAAAGCCCAAAAGGAGCCACAGAGUAAAGCAGACUUGCUCUCCCUUACUGGUCAGAGGCAUACUAAGUGACAGGACAGCACUGAUGUUAAAGAGGAACUACAAGCCAGGGACCUGGCUCUCUCCUUUGCCUCCUUUGAAGUCAGCAAGAGUCUGCUCCUGAAGCCACACCUGCUCCAGCCUCACCUUCAACUUGUCAUCACAGCCAAGUACAUAUGCCAUUCAAGGACCCCAGGAAGCAAUAUCACAACUGAUCUGGUUUUAUCGUCACAGCCAGAUUUGGGCCUGAACAACACCUCCAGAGCAGAAGAUAUUGAUGCUGACUGCACAGAGCGAGAAAGAUUAACGAAAGAUCAACGUCUUCAUAGUAACUUUAGUAAUUAAUAUAAAACAAAACGAGAAUGUUCAGCCGCUUUAAGGGAGAAAAAAGCCCCAUAAAGCUUUCAGAUGCUGUUAAAAAGAUCAGCAAACUGCUGGAAUCACAUUCAGGACAUCUCCCGGUUUAUGUCAUUCCCCUAAAAAAUGAUAAAUUCAAUGUCGAUGGAUGCAAGAGUUUUAGUUUUGGAGAAGAGUCCAGUAAACCUAAUCGCACCAUAAUGGUUCUUGGAGCAACCGGUGCUGGGAAGACAACUCUCAUCAACGGGAUGAUCAAUUACAUUUUAGGUGUUAAAUGGGAGGAUCCAUAUCGCUUUAACUUAGUGAAUGAAACUCAGUCAACAUCACAAGCUCACAGUCAGACCUCUGAAGUCGCUGUGUACAAAAUCAACCACCAGGAUAGAUUUCAAAUCCCGUUCUCUCUGACCAUUGUGGACACUCCAGGCUUUGGAGAUACAAGAGGCAUAGAAAGAGACAGAGAGAUCGUAGAGCAGCUCCGUAAUCUCUUCACUUCCUCACAUGGUGUCAGUGAAAUCGAUGCUGUGUGUUUUGUAGCUCAGGCUGCUUUAGCUCGACUCACACCAACACAAAAAUAUGUGUUUGAUUCAGUGCUCUCAAUCUUUGGCAAAGAUGUAGCAGAAAACAUCAGCAUUGUGGUGACAUUUGCAGACGGUCAGCGACCUCCAGUUCUCGAGGCGAUCAAUGCUGCAGGAGUCCCAUGUCCUAAAACAAAAGACGGGCUGCCGGUUCACUUCAAAUUCAAUAACUCAGCACUUUUUGCAAAUAACAAAUCAGCUGAAAGAGACAGAAUGAGUGAUGAUGAUGAUGAUGAUGAUGAUGAUGAUGAAGGAGACUUUGAUCAGAUGUUUUGGGAGAUGGGCACAAAAAGCAUGAAGAGGUUUUUUGCCACUCUGAAUAAAAUAGAAACUAAAAGCUUGACACUGACAAAGGAAGUCCUCAGAGAAAGAAAGCAGCUCGAGAUUUCAGUUGAGAAUCUGCAGGAGCAGGUGAAACUUGGGUUAGCCAAGCUUGAGGAGAUAAAAGAGACGAGGGAAAAACUUAAAGAAUAUGAAGCAGAGAUCGGCAGAAAUGAGAACUUCGAGUUUGAAGUUACUGUCAAAAAGCCUGUUCAGGAGGACAUUUCUGGAUCUGGAAACUACAUCACCAACUGUCAGCAGUGUCAUGUUACCUGCCACUACCCUUGUGCCUAUGCAAAUGAUGCAGAUAAAAGGAGCUGUGGAGCAAUGGGGCCAGAUGGAUACUGUACUCAAUGUCCAGGAAAAUGUAUUUGGAAUGUACACUUUAACCAGAAGUACAAAUGGGGCUAUGAAGAUGUUAAAGAGAAAAGAACAAUAAAGGAGCUGGAAGAAAAGUAUCGGGAAGCCACAGGAGAGAAGAUGACUGUUCAGAAAGUGAUUGAUAAACUGAAUGCUGAGUAUAAAAGUUUGCAGGCUGACGUUGUGAAACUGAUGGAGAGAUCUUCCAAGUGUCUGAACAGACUUAAAGAGAUAGCACUGAAGGCAAACCCUCUGUCCACUCCAGAGUACAUCGACAUGCUUAUUGAAGGAGAGAAAUCUGAGGGCAAAGAAGGCUGGAAGAGACGAGUUCAGUCUCUGAUGUCCAUGAAGGAAAAGGCAGAGACAAUGGCUAAAAUAGAGCAAGGCAAGAAACUCCUGCGUCAUCAAGAAUCACUUGAUGUUAAUCAUUAGCCAAGUCAACAAGGCAACACGUCCAGAGUCAGAGAACGACUUCACCACAGUUCAGUUUGAACUUGUUUUGCAAUGUAAGUGCGUGCUUCACCACUUGGCUGUACUACUGCAAGUAAUUUAAGAUGUAAACACAGCACAAUGACAAAAAUGAUUUUUUAUUUUCUGGUUGAAUUUGUUCUGCUCUUCUCCACAGUCUGCUUGACACACGCUACUCUCAGCUUUGUGUUUAUUUCAAUAUCAUUUCUUAAUCUGUUUUGUUUACAUUGAACUAAAUUGUAAUUAUUAAUUUUCUAACCUUAACUCUUCAAAGUAAAUUUGGGAUAAAAAGAUAAAUAUAGUGCAAAGUCACAUUUGUGCAAAUGUAAAUGUUACUAAUAUAUAAAAUCAUUUUAUGAGCUUCAUUAUGUUUUUGUCCAUGAUAGCAUUCACGUCUGUUGUGGUGAAUGAUGGAUGCAUCAAUAAAUGUCAAACUAUAACUA